AUGCCUUGGACGAUGCUGGGAACCGGCGUCAGAUCCAGCAUUCUCUCCAUCUGGCUGUAUUUCAUCCUGAAUAUGCUCGUUACGGUCACGAAUAAGCAAAUCGUAUCCCGGACAGCAUGCCCCUGGCUUCUCACGGCGUGCCAUGCAUUCGCUACAUUUGUCACCACGGGAGCGAUUUUGCGCCUCCAGAAAUCAAGAUUCACCCCGACGACUACAGCCAGGUUUACUUCCCUCUCAUAUGAUGACGAUGGAGACGACGAUAAUAAUAAUGAGUCCGAACAGAAGCACCAAGAGGGAGAUGGGGCCAGCAGACCCAGUCUACGUACUCACCUACGGAUCCUCCUUCCAUUCUCUCUCCUUUACACACUAAACAUCGCUCUCUCCAACCUGGCCUUGGGGCUGGUGACUUUGACCAUGCACCAGACCAUCCGGGCGACGGCCCCAGUCAUCACCGUCCUGAUUUCAAUCGCAUGGCUUGGAAGGUCCUGGAGGGAAUAUCCCGUCGGUGUGUACGGGGCAAUCACUCUCACAAUAUGCGGUGUGAUCAUUGCGAGCAACGCUGCAUCCUCUGAAGCUGGCGGCAGAAGUCUCGUCGACCCAACAGCAAGAACAACCCCAUUCGGAUUCACAAUAACCUUGCUCGGCGCCGUGCUGGCCGUGCUGAAAACGAUCAUGACGAACGAGUUGCAGCGGCCCCCUCACGCCAGUCGAUGGGGAUUGGGUCUGUCCUCGACGAGACUCGUGCAGUAUCUCGCCCUUUACGCUGUCAACCAGACGGUGCUGCUUGCAAGCUGGACUGGCGAGAUCAAGAGACUGUCGUCUUCCAACUUUGGACAAGGCGCGCCAACGCCGACUCUUAUCCUCAAGCUAGGAGGCGGCGGAGAUUUGCUUCGGAUAAGCCUGCUCUGGCCGUGGUUGUGGCUUCUCAACGGCCUCGCCGUAGCGAUGCUGAACCUCGCAUCCUUUGAAGCGAACAAGCGGUGUGGACCGCUGAGCAUGGCCAUCGCCGCCAACAUGAAACAAGUGCUCAUUCUGGUCCUUGUCAUAUGCUUCCGCGAUACCUCCAGGGAAGGCAGAGAAGGGGAACGACAGGCAGAGAAUAUCGUGAUUCUAGGCUCCCUGAUGACCACGAUUGGUGGUAUGUGGUAUGCCUUUGCCAGCAGUGUUCGCGUGAAAGAGAGGCAGAGGCAGAGGCAGUGGCGAGAGGCUAUCGAAGGCAACAGCAGCUGGACUUCUGAUAAACGACCUCGAGGCUGGAAGGGAUAG